GCUGGUACGUGGUCUGGCAGUUGUUUUUGUCCAAAUUCAAGUUCCUGAGAGAACUGAUAGGGGACACGGGGUCCCAGCAGGGAGACAACGAGCCUGCAGAGACUGAAGCUGAGCAGGAGACUCCCCCCUCCCCUCAGAGAGGCAGGCAGAAAUCUGCCCGCCAGCGAAGGGCCCCUCCAGAGGACACAACUUAG